AUUAGAAAAAAUAAUGAUAAAUUUAUGCUUUAUAGUUGACUGAGCUUGAAAGGAGAGUAGCUGAAGCUGAAAGACGUGCAGAAGAUGCAGAAGAAAGGGCUCUAUUAAUGGAACAAAAAUUACCUCAACCUGGUUGGAAAAGUGAACAACAAAGUGAAAGUGGUGUUCCUACAAAUCAAGAUAUUAAUAAAUUAGAAAAAUCAUGUAGAGAAAAAGAUAAAAUAAUUUCUACUCUUGAGCAGCAAGUAACUGAACAGAAAAAACUUCGAAUGCAAGAGGCAAAACAAGUAGAAGCAAAAGCAGCAAAAAUAAAAGAAUGGGUUACACACAAAUUGAAAGAGCUGGAAGAACAAAAUCAGCAUUUACGUGAACAGAAUCAAAAAUGCAAUAAGCAAUUGGAAUUACUUAAAAAUAGGUUGACUCAGCUCUCUCAACUCAGUCCUAAAUCUCAUCAAAUUCAUCAUGAUCAUUCAUCUGAAGUAUAUGCUAAUUAUAAUAUUAUUAUAUAGAUUAAUAUAUUAUAAAUUUUAUUUCAAUUAACCCAUGAUUACAUGCUUUAUUUUUUAACACACGUACAUGUGUAAGGUGGUGAUUUUCUGCUGAUUUUUCAAGCAUAAUUACUCUGCAUGUAAUUCUCAUUCCUCAAGUUUGACAAGUCUGAAAAAUCUGUAAUAUGUCUGCACAAUCAAAAUUUUCAACAGCGUAUGAAAAUUAUUUUUAUAUGUUGUUUAGUUUACUAGAUAUUAUCCUCUAAACAAUUCUUUGAAACUUUACAUUGGCAUGGGUUAAUUUGAAGCAAGUUCAGCUGAUAAUAAAUGAUAGGAGGGAUGAGGUGUUUCUCAGAAGAAUCAGAAAAUUAUUUUUCUAUAUUUUUUGGAAUAAAAUACAUGCAAAAACAUUUUGAAAUAAAGCUGUAAAAACAUUUACUGUAAAUUGUUGAAAGUUGUAAGACCUCAGGCUGUCUUACAUAAACAAGCAUUCAAGGUUGUAGCAACUCGUAGAGCACUGUGUCAUUGCAUCAUGUAUAGCUGACAAACAUCCAUGAUGUCAUCACUACCUUUUGUGGCAAUUGUUUGAGGAACCUUCAUGACAUUAUUUUUAAUGACAUCACCAAAACUGACAUUAGAACAGAAAAUUGCCACAUAAGCAUGCAAUUGUGUGGGAAAAAAUUUGUACACAGUUGCAUGCUCAAUGCAUAAAAUUUUCAUGGCAGUUUUUUUAAGGCCUGUGGUAAGUGGAAAAAAUAUUA